GGCCAAGGAAUUUCCAGAUUGUGAUCCUCCCUUUGGCGGCUGCCCGUGUUUGGAGUCCACAGAGUACUCUUCCUGUCCAAUCAGCGAUUGCUGCGAUGAGGAACCACAGUUGUUGUAAAAAACGGAAAUCCCCUUCCUGUCCAAUCAGCGAUUGUUGUGAAGAGGAACUGCAGGUGGAAGUCCAAAGCACUUGUGGUAAAGAGCCGCCGAAGCGAAACUCUAGUUUCUCAUGUUGCAGUUGUUGCAAAAGACCUAAGAUUGUGGUGCCUUCCGAUGGGGGAAUCAGGUCUGAGUCAAAACUUGUCCACAAGGAUCAUUCCCAAUCACAACAUUCUAAGCCAAAUUCCAAAGGAAAAUUUAAGUCAAACACUAAAAAUUGUUCGGCGGAUCAUCAGAAAUCACAUGCCAAUUCGAGUUGUAAUGAAGUGAACAAGGAUCAGUGUCAUUACUUCCAUUUGUCAGAGAAACCUCAUUGCUCAUCGAAGCCACCGCCAUGUGGAAAUUGUCCCGACAUUUCGGAUUUGUCCAAGCAGUUGUGCGAAAUGAACAAAAAGUUGGAAGGCAUUCAGAGUCAGGAGCUGGGCGACAUUCGUCACCAGGUAAAAUGUCUUACUUCCAACAUGGAAUCUCUGGCUAAGAAGUGCGUUGAAAGCAAGCCACCCUGCCCGAAACUAAAAAGAAAAGCCUCGAGCACUUGCCAAUUUUGUCGGGGAAAAAGCCUGCCGCUCCUCGACAGUUUCCUCUGCCAGUUGAACGACGCGAUUGGCAGUCUUUGCAAAUCGGAUGUCCUGAUCUCCGUAUUCCUGCGAGCAGAUAAUGUGUACCACCUGAACUUGAGGGAUCUCAACUCAGGAAAAUCACUUGGUUGUUUCCUGGUCAGCGAUUGCGGAAUAGAGGAGGCCCUCAAAAUGGGCAUCUUCAAGGACAUACUCACCUUGUCUGUGAUCGAUGUGCGCAACACCAUCAAGCCGAAGAACUGUCCCUUGGGCAUAUCCUUUGAAUUCCACUACGCGGAUCGCCAGAGCGGAGGUUCCGACCUCAAAACUCGAAGGAAUUGCAGGGCGGGCGAGGAAUGCCUGGCUUGUGUUCUGGGUAUUCCACUGAAGUCGAUGAAGUACGUCUACUCCGUACCGCAAGUCCCUGAAGGAAGUUCCGGUAGUUCUGCUCCAGAUCAAACCCUUUUCAGGCAUCAGAAAUUCCUGUCUUCAGAUAAGGUCGCCAUCCUCAGUGAUAAAUUAGUUUUAACCGAUGACGAUGACAAUUAUGUUGUGGAUACACUGGAAAGACCUUCACUUUCAGACCUCGAAAAAAACACUUAGUUAUGGAAAUUAAAUUCCUAUGCAGUUUA